GAUAACUACAACCAAAUCGUAAAGCUUCAUUUUGAUUUCUAUCCUCUGUAUUGUCUCGUUGAAAUUUGCCCCCAUCAAUCCAAUCCAUUGCGCCUGCGUAAUGGAAGAGAUUGCUAUAUCUGAAAAUGCCCCAGAAUGCCGAUAAUAUGAGUCAGGGCUCCAAGGAGCCACUACCAUCCACCAACACAUUUGCUAAACCCGCCUCUCCAUCAACAACCACUUCUCCCUCCGACGCAUCACUCCACUCUUCAAUCCCUCCUACGUCUACAGAUGCACACAGUAUACAAGACCGGCGCGCUACUCGUCCGCAGGAAUCUUCAUUUUUCACUAUUCCAGCGCCGCUGCGCCGCCUGUUCGACCGCUUCCCUCUUGUCACAUAUCCGGAGAAUGAACUCCCAUCGCGGUCGCCCCGUGCGGUGCUUAGGUCGCGAAUAAAAAACGGAAUCAAGGGUGAAAGGGAUACUUUUGCUGCAGACGGGAAGCAAAAUGUGUUGUAUGUCUUCACGACGGAGGAGGAAGCGAGAUUGAGAAAAGCCUCGUUCAACCCGGGGUGUCUGAAGUGGCAGGCUUACCUCAAGUUCUGCAACGUCUCCUUCGCAACGCUGCCAUCGAGCAACCAUGCAUCUCCCACGGGCGUCCUCCCAUUUCUACUCCCAUCUUUACCCGCCGCGGCGACAGAACGCGAAUCGGCUUCAUUGUCAUCGACAUACACCGUUCUAAAUGAACACCUUCCCAUCCCAACAAGCAAACUCCAAGAUUGGGCAAGUUCUCAGCCUGGCGCAUCGAUUCCCGAGGAAUCCAACAAUAUCCGCUACGAUGCUUACAUGUCUCUCCUUGACUUUCGGAUCCGGCAUGCAUGGCUCUACAAUCUUUACCUCGAGCCCCUAAACUUCUCUACCGUCGCAUACCCUCUAUAUAUCUCCCCCGUGUCCAGCAACCCGGCUGUGCGAGCGACAGUUGCGUCCCAACUCACGCGCGCCGCGGCACAUGAGCUUCUCACACAUCAAGCCUCGUCCGGCUCCUCGGGCUGUGUCGCCGACCUCAACUCCUCCUCGUGGAGUAUUCUAGGCAAUAACAGCGCGCUUGCGGCAUCGUAUGUUGAUGUCGACGAUCUAUAUAGCGAGGCUGAGAACGCAUUUGAUGCGUUAGAAAAGCUGCUUGGUGACGAGGACGAGUGGUUCUUUGGACAAGCGCAGCCUGGAAUGUUUGAUGCCAGUGUGUUUGCUUAUACCGCAUUGUUGUUGCGGUUCGAUGACGAUGUCGGAGUAAGCGAUGCGGUUGAGCAUGAACAGGGAUCGGACAAGGUUGUGUGGCAGGAAAAACGCCUAGUCAAGGCGUUGAAACGGAGAAGAAACCUCGUAAGGCAUUGUCGCAGGAUCGAGGAACUGUAUUUUUAGACAGAUGUGGAUGGGAUCACGGGUAGUAUGAGAAAGAAGAAAGAAGAAGAUCUAUCCCUGGGUAGGAACCUUGGACUGUAUAUAGAAUAGAAAAUCACCGACCCUACUUUUUAACAUCUAGAAUUUAUAUAGUCGAUUCACUGGGAGAUAAUC